AGCACUUAUUUUUCUCUACCCUUCAUCACCCGCCACUACAAAAGCACUUCCAAUUUCCAAUCUUUUUCCUUCUCUCUCUAUUCAUACUUGUACAAAAAGUUCUCUUUUCUCCUUUCCACCUUCAAAUUUCCACUCAAAUUCUCAUCAUUCAAUCAUGGGAGGUUAUGAAGAAGAAGAAAACAAGUGGCCUUUAUGGUUGCAACCACUUCUUCAAACGAGUUUCUUUGUUCAAUGCAAAGUCCACUCAGAUUCUCACAAGAGUGAAUGUAACAUGUUUUGCUUGGAUUGUAUUAAUGGAGCCCUUUGUUCUGCUUGUCUUUCUUCUCACAAACAACACAGAACAAUUCAGAUAAGGAGAUCUUCAUACCAUGAUGUGAUAAGGGUUUCUGAGAUACAGAAAUUUCUGGACAUAACUGAAGUCCAAACUUAUGUUAUAAACAGUGCAAAGAUUGUGUUUUUGAAUGAAAGGCCUCAACCUAGGCCUGGAAAAGGGGUCACCAAUACUUGCCAAGUCUGUGACAGAAGCCUCCUUGAUUCCUUCAGCUUCUGCUCUCUUGGUUGUAAGAUUGUUGGAACCUCCAAGAAGUUGAGGAAGAAUAAUGGGUCUGAUGGUGAAGAGUCAAUGAAUGGCAUUAGCAAUGGAAGUGGAAGAAACAGAAUUCAUAGCUUUACACCUUCAACACCACCUCCAACAGUGGUGAGUUUCAGAUCAGUUAAGAGGAGGAAAGGUGUUCCACAUAGAUCUCCAAUGGGUGGAGGAAUCAUUAUAGAAUACUAAAAUUAUUAAUAUUGUUAUAUAGUGGUUUUAAUGUCACAUUAUUUAUUAUACCUAAAAAGAUACAGCAGUCGUUACCACUUUCUUAAAGUGGCAUCCUCGGUCGGCCAUUAUGGUCAUGUCCAACUCAAGAGAUUAGUCUAGUCUCUGUAGUUUCACGCUGAUGUUGAUGAUAUUUUCACAUAGAUGUAUUGUAUUAACACCUGAGCCCUGUUCCCUGAGGCCGGUGUUGGAUUUACUGUUCUACAUUGUAUAAGAAAAAAGGGAGAAGAAUAUGAAAAAAAAUAAAAAAUAAGGUUAGAAAGCAAGAAAUAAUGUAAGUGGGGAAUUUGUUGUGCUGGUUUAUUGAUGCUAAAUGUAUAUAUUAGUGGUUUGUAGAAAGGAAUUGUAUAGCAUUAGCAUCUAGUUUUUGACAAUAAAUUAAAUAAAGUUUAUGAUGAUGUGUAUUAAUGUUA